AUGAGUCCGAAGAAGGAAAUUACAACUACCUCUUCCAGAAAGCCUAGAAAGCCAAGAAAUUCGCAAAAGAAAAAUCGACUCCCAAAACUAACAAGGAAUGAAUUGAGCAGUAUGAUGUGUAUCCAAGUAACAAAAGAGGGUCUUCAACUCAAACAACCAGAGAUUACCUUCCCUUUCCCAAUGUGGCUGGAUCAAAAAGAACAGGAAAAAGUAUCUGACCAAGUAACAAAAGAUCAAAUCUCCCCCUCGAAGGUUAGUGAAAAUAAUUGUCAGGAAGAAAUUGAAAAGAACAAGAGUAAUGAAUCCUUCAAUUCCUCUGAUGCGAAAAAUUUGACAAGAAUUGGUUACUGCCUCUAG